AUGGGAUGCAGAUAUUUUAGAAAUCUGAAUAAAACCAAACAUUGCAAAGGUAUUGCACACCAUUAUUUUGCUAUUGUAGCCAAGCAGACCACUGAAUAGCUCAGGACGGUAUCUCAUUCUUUGUUUGUAUAUUCCCAGCAGAAAGAGCUCACGUCAAAGAAAAGAGAUGAAUUUGAAGAUAUCUUGGAGGAAAGACGGUUGUCUAGUGACUUGAGAUAUGCAAUGAAAUGCUAUACACCUGUGAUCUACAAAGGGCUUUCACCAUGCAAGCCAAAUGCUAUUAAAAGUGCUGUUCUCCAGUCAGAGCAAGUUCAGUACGUUAUCAAGCAGUUAGCAAAAGAGACGGGAGAAUCACCUGAUAUUAUUCAAGAAGAAGCCAUGGAAAUCCUGGAUGAGAUGGGCCACAGUAUGCAAUUAGGAGCUGUCAGAUUUUUUGCCUUUACUCUGAGCAAAAUAUUUAAACGGCUUUUUCAGAGAGUUUGCGUGAAUGAAGAAGGAAUGCAGAGAUUGCAACAUGCCAUUCAAGAGCAUCCUGUUGUACUACUGCCCAGUCACCGAAGCUACAUAGACUUUUUGAUGCUGUCUUACUUGCUGUAUACAUAUGACUUGGCUCUGCCUGUCAUUGCUGCAGGAAUAGAUUUCCUAGGAAUGAAAAUAGUUGGUGAGCUGCUACGAAGGGCAGGUGCCUUUUUUAUGCGACGUUCGUUCGGUGGGAACAGACUCUAUUGGGCAGUUUUUGCUGAAUAUGUAAAAACUGUGUUAAGGAAUGGCUAUGCCCCAAUCGAAUUUUUUCUUGAAGGGACUAGAAGCCGCACUGCCAAGACUCUGACUCCAAAGUUUGGUCUUCUCAGUAUUGUGAUGGAGCCAUUUUUUAAAUGUGAAGUCUUUGACACAUACCUUGUUCCCAUCAGCAUCAGCUAUGAGAGGAUACUGGAAGAAUCCCUCUAUGCAUAUGAACUCCUAGGAGUCCCAAAGCCCAAAGAAUCUACAUCUGGCUUGUUGAAAGCCAGAAGAAUCCUCAGUGACAAUUUUGGGUCUAUACAUAUUUACGUUGGCCAGCCAGUGUCACUCAGAACCUUAGCAUCUGGGAGGAUCAAUCGAUGCCCAUAUAAUUUGGUUCCCAGGCAUCUUCCCCAAAAGCCAUCUGUGGAUGUCCAAGAAUUUGUCACUGAUGUAGCUUAUAAAAUGGAGCUCCUGCAAAUAGAAAACAUGGUUUUGAGCCCAUGGGUGCUAGUUGCUGCUGUCCUGCUCCAGAAUUUGCCAGCCAUGGAUUUUGAACUUCUAAUAGAAAAGACCCUUUGGCUUAAAGGCUUAACGCAGACUUUUGGAGGAUUCGUUGAGUGGCCUGAUAACCUGUGUGCCAAAAAAGCAGUCACAUCUGGCCUCGCCCUGCAUUCCAAUGUCGCUCGCCUUGUCGAUGGCCAUGUAGUCCUAAACGACAAAGGAAAGGAAGAUGGAGCUGUAGAGGAAACCGUCUUUAAGCGAGCUCUGGCUGUCCUCCUGUGUGGAACCUACAGGAACCAGUUGCUGAAUGUGUUUGUGCGUCCAUCUCUAGUGGCGGUUGCCUUGCAAAUGACACGCAGCUUCCGAAGAGAGGAAGUCUAUAGCUGCUUCAGCUUCUUGAGAGAUGUUUUUUCUGAUGAGUUCAUCUUCUUUCCUGGUAUUUCAUUGAAGGAUUUUGAAGAAGGAUGUUUUCUACUCACAAAAUGUGAUGCAAUUCAAACAACUCAACAGGAAAUCUACCCUACUGACAAAGGAAGCGUUGUACUAUCUUUCUUGUCGGCUAUGUUCAGACCUUUUUUGGAAGGUUAUCAGUUAAUUUUCAGAUACCUCUCAAAAGAAGCAAAAGAAGCCUUUACUGAGAAGCAGUUUAUACCUGGAGUCCGCAACUUUGUUUUUCAGCUUCUUGAGAAGGGGAAUACUGAAUGUUAUGAAGCGUUGUCUUCUGACACCCAGAAGAACGCCUUGGCAGCUCUUGUGCAACUAGGUGCAGUGAAGAAGAAGAAAAUGACCAAUGGACUCACUUACAGUGUAAAUCAAGAAGCUGUUAAUAACGUUCUGGACAUGUUUGGCUCUAGGGUCCCUGCACAGAAACCUGUGGCCGCAAGACUGUAAGGGGUCUGUGGUGCCGGGACUGUGGCCGUAACCGUCUGCUGAGAACACAGGACAACAGCCAGCGCGGAGGGACAGCGGUGAAAAUCACGCCUCAGCCUUGGGUUUGGGAGCUGUCAGCAUGUAAGCGCGCGCCAGGCAGGAGAGGCGGGGACGCGUGGCCCAAAGGUGUUCUUCAGCUGGAGCGUUUUCCGUUGCCACUUAAAAACUGUCACUGCUGCUGAUGGUUAAACUUACAUUUGUACCCUGGCUGUGUGGUUUUUUUUUUUUUUUUUAAAACAGAUUAAACAUUGUCUUUUUUGGGAUACAUUUAAAGAGAAGCGCACAGUAACCGUUACUGAAAUACUUUUUUUAGGGGUGUAACAAGGAAUGUGAUUGGUUUCAAGUAUGUCAUGGACGUGAGACUAUAACAGGGAGUUAAAAGACUUAACAUUAAAAUUAACGUUUAGGAAAAAUAUGUUGCUGGCUGCCUGUAUGUAAGAUAAGGCCCCUGUGAAAGACGAGCACAAAACAAAUUCCGGGCAAUAACCAGAAAUGCUAAUUGUGUAUUUGCGUGCUUUUUUUUUUUUUUUCUUCCCAAGCAACUGGCAUUGUUUUAAUUACUUCAUAAAUGUGGUUAUAAAAACGGAGUUAAAGCG